AUGGACAUCUUCAGUAAUGAAGACACUGAAAAAUACGAUCGAGCUGAUGCACUGAAGGUCUUCGAUGAAACGAAAGCAGGUGUAAAAGGAUUAGUUGACGCAGGAGUUACAAAAAUCCCCAGAAUUUUCAUCCGACCACACGAUGAACUAGUUGAAGAGUUGAAUAGCAGCAAGGUAAGCUUACAAAUUCCUAUUAUCGAUUUAACAGGCAGUGAAAAAGGUGAUCGACGAAAGGAGAUCGUUGAACAAAUUCGAGUGGCUUCAGAAACAUGGGGCUUCUUCCAAGUGAUUAAUCAUGAAAUCCCUAAAAGUUUGUUGGAUGAAACGAUCGAUUGUAUUCGGAUGUUUCAUGAACAAGAGAGUGAAAUCAAGAUGAAGUUUUAUUCACGAGAUCGAAUGAACAAGGUGAGAUUUGAUAGUAAUCUUGACCUGUAUCAAUCUCGAGCUGCUAAUUGGAGGGAUACGUUGACUCUGUCGAUGUUUAUUUUAGAUGAUCUUAAUCCCGAUGAAGUUCCUUCAAUUUGCAGAGAAACAAUGCUUGAAUACAUAAAACACGUGACAAAAUUCGGUGGUACUCUAUUAGAGCUAUUAUCAGAAGCCCUCGGACUCCGGCCCCACCACCUCCAAGAUUUGGAGUGUUGUCAUGGCCGCACUUUCGUGUGCCACUACUAUCCGCCAUGCCCAGAACCGGAGCUAACCCUCGGAUCCAGCAAACACACCGAUCCCUCGUUUCUCACUCUUCUCCUUCAAGAUAAUAUCGGCGGCCUUCAAGUCCGCCACCAUGACCAAUGGACCGACGUUCCACCCCUUGCCGGAGGUUUCGUCGUCAAUAUUGGUGACUUUCUACAGAUUGUAUCGAACGACAAGUUUAAAAGUGUUGAUCAUAGAGUGUUGGCUAACCACAAUGGUCCACGGAUUUCCAUGGCAUGUUUUUUCACCGGUGUUGCUGUUCCUCCGAAGAUUUAUGGACCAAUCAAGGAGUUAACCUUACAAUCUGAUGGAAGUACACCUGUAUAUCAAGAUUUCUUGGCCCGAGUUAGAGAGAUGUUGAUCGAGUUUUGACCGAGUUGACCGAUUUUUAACCGAGUUUGACUUAAUCAGAGUUUUUUUGUCGAGUUCACAUAACUCGCCCCGGUGGAGGGCCGAUUCCGAGUACUCGACCGAGUAGGCCGAGUUUUGCAACACUGAAGUAGACUCAACUACACAUAAAUUGUAUCAGUGUAAAUCAUAUCAUGGUUAUUGAUUUACUUGUCGAGUGUGAGAAGUAAAUGCUACCAAUUAGACAUGAAUUGUAUAUAUGGUUUGUACUCUCUGUUUUUGCCUUUGAUUCUUUGACCUCA